AUGUUUCCUUCUACAAACUUCACUCUCUCCCUACGACGUUCGUCCCCUUUCACAGAUAACAUUUCUGCCCUCCAAGUUCAACUACCCACCUCCAUAAGCCCUAAACAUCAGAAAUUGGCUUUUCCGUUAAAAGAAUUUCACCGAAGAACACUGAAGUCGUUCAUGAAAUUGCCAACCUUCAAACAAUAUCAGCCAAAUCCAUUGAUUCUGAAAGUUUCUGAAAUUGCUAAAGAAGAUCAACAAUUCGAAAGGAAAAGAAAAAGGGUUUUAGCUCUAACACAGUGGAAGUGGGAUGAAGUUGCGGACCUCUGUUUAGAUGAUGAUGAGGAAGAGGAUGUCAUACAAACAAAAAAGAAAGUCAGGGUUUGCAUUCACAAUCGAAAUCGAACCAUGAAACUCCUUGAUGAGUCGGAUGUGGAGGCUUGAUGUUUCUAUAAGUUGGUUUUAAUAUGUUUGUGUUAAUUUUUUUUUAAAGGGCAUGUUUGUGUUAACUUUGUUGAGUUUAGGAUGC